AUGUACUCUGAAUUGACCACUCCCAACAUACUCAAACCAUCUGAAAGAACCAAUCCUCCCGGGUUUGAAGGCUCCUCCAUCGGCGAAACAAUCAAGAUGAUCUCUGGUGAUGUUAACGUGGAUAAGAACCAAGUACUUGAGUUAAAGAAGAAAAAGAUAUGGGAAAUAGCAUAUGCUCCUGCUAAGGCUAUUCCUAUGCAAUUAAUCAUGGGAUAUUUUAUGGGUAACGGGUUACAGAUCAUUCCUAUUAUGAUGACAUUCAACUUACUUAUAAGUCCGUUGAAAGCCAUUUUUAUGGAGACGGGUCCAGCGUUUGCUCCUUUUGAAGAUACUCCUGGAUUACAUGUUGAAGUAGGAACAGCAAAAUUCAUGUUUAUAGUAUGUCAAUUAUUGAAUAUGAGUAUUGGAAUAUAUAAGUUGUAUGGAAUGGGGUUGAUUCCCCAUACAGAAUCUGACUGGCUUGAUUGGAAGCAUAUAGUGGCAAUUAAAGAGAGUAUAGUUGUUACAUAA